UAAUGAUUACAAACCUGGUAUUUUUGUUUUGUAUUUUUCAUUAACAAGUUAUGUUUUGUUACAGAAUAAUUACCAGGGCAUCAUAACACAUCACAGGUGACGGUAUACAAGCAUGUCGGUGUUCCCGCGAGGUUACGAGUGCUGCCGCCCUAUGCCAAGAUAUGGGGUCGUACGGGGCGAAUGGAGCAUCUACCACAAGAGACCCCCUUGUGGCCAGCCACGACCACAACCCUUCCAAAGAGAAUGCACUCCCUGUUGCUUCGGACCUUCCAACGCACCAUGCGAAAGGCCAUGCUGCUACGACUACCCUUGCAAGGCGCAUUGCUUCAACCACGGGGCCUGCACACGGCCCAGCGGUCGAUAUGCUCGCACUGUUUGGUAUCCUGGUGAAUGUUGUCCUUGCGUGCCUCCUUGCCAAGCAUUCACCUGCCCGAACCCACCCUACCAUCCCUGCUGUUACCACACGUGCAACAAACACGUCUAAAAGUAAAUAUUGCAUUGAGAACCGCAUCGUUCCAAAUUCUAAAGCGAACAAAUUC